UGCCCCACUUCCAAAGCGACGUGAGAGCCUGCUGGAGGAGAGAGGCUGGAGCGGAGGAGAGAGGGGCUUUUUUUUCCCCCUGCAGCUCACUGGCGAGAGAGCAAAAUAAAAGCACAGCGAGUAGACUGAGACAAACUUUAGGUUAGGGAGCUCAAGCGCCGUUGCCUUUUUGAACGUCGUACUUUAACUCUCGGAAAGAGUAACAUCACUUUGUCGCAGUUCGCUGGUUGCAAUGGUGAAGAAGAAGGACAUAUUUUUGCUCCAUUUUCCCUAAGACGGAUGUUUCGUCUCUAAACUUCACUUCGCUCUCUCCGCACCAUAAAGGUAGCUGCAGAGACUUCAGCUGUCCUGCAUGUCUGGAGCCUUCAGGAAUGUUGGGGCCAACACACCACAGUGAGCCUGGUCGCAUUUGACCCAAAAUGGAGCUCAAAGUCUGGGUAGAUGGAGUCCAGAGGGUCGUGUGUGGGGUCACUGAGGCGACCACCUGCCAGGAAGUGGUGAUUGCACUGGCCCAGGCCAUAGGUCGAACUGGAAGAUACACUCUGGUAGAAAAAUGGCGGGACACCGAGCGCCAUCUCAUCCCUCACGAGAGCCCAGUGGCGUCUCUGAAUAGCUGGGGUCAAUAUGCAGGCGACGUGCAGCUGAUCUUGCUUCGCACGGGCCCGUCCCUGACUGAACGGCCACCCUCAGAAGGGCCCCCUCUCAGGGGGCCUGAACGUGGGUUUCAUCGUCAGAGCCUCCCUCCGCUUGCAAAGCUUCACCAUCCCAAUGAUCGCUCCCUCCGGCGCCGUGAGCCACGCCGCAAGUCGCUCACCUUUACAGGAGCGCCCAGAGGUCUAAGGGAGAUUCUGAGCGGAGGGCGGACAACUGAAGCUGAAACCAAGAGGAGAUUUUUUCUGGGAAACAGUGGGACUUACCAUCAUGCUGGAGGAGCCACUGGGACUGCACCCCAUGGCCUGUGGGCCUGUCGCAUGGAGGACCUGGUCCGAGUGGUGGGCCUACAGAGAGAGACGCUUGGUGUGCUCGACAAGAAAAUGGAAGUUUACGAAGCUGAGCUCAAAGCCUGGGCCGGGGUGAGAGGGGGGCGAGCUCCAGGCUGCGGCGGGGACUUGGGCGGGGGCCUGAUGGAGGAGAUCCUGAGACUGGAGAAGCAUCUGAGGAAGAAUGAGGUAGAGAUGGAGGAAGAGGAGUUUUGGGCCACAGAGCUACAGAUUGAGCUGGAGAGUGAGAGACAGCUGGAGGAGAGGCUGCAGGAGCUGCGUGGUCGUUUGCAGGGCUGCGAAAAGGAGAUUGAAGACAAGCUGGCAAUGGUGCAGGGUGUAGAAGCUGGUCUGGAGGAAAUGCGGCUGCAGAGAGAGCAUCAGGAGACUGAGUGGCUCAAUGAAGCAGAGGCUCGGGCCCAGGUGCUUCGAGUUAAAGCUGAGCUGAAAGCACAAGAGAGACAAGCUGUCCAACUGGAGAGCAGCUGCAGAGCUGUGGACAGGUCACUUGGACAAAGCAGCAAGAAGGUGCAGGACAUGCAGCAUGAGCUGGAACAGCUAACCAAGGAGCUCAGACAGGUAAACCUGCAGCAGUUCAUCAAGCAAACUGGCACCAAGGUCACAGUGCUGCCGGCUGAGCCUGCAGAGGACGACAGUGCAGCCAGCACUCGUGUUAUAGAUUUAGUUCCACAGACUGGCUCCCUUAAGCGUCACGUGACCCUGCACCAAAUGUCCAGUCAUCUCCGGGUCUUAAAUAGUCCCCUCAGCUCCGGCCUGAACCCAGAAGGCAUCUAUGUGUGAGGCUCCACUGCACACUUGUGCUGCCUGGGACUAUAAGCACAAUGGCUUCUUCCUCUUCAGAACCUUUUUAUUUGGAUAUCUUUGUACCGAUACCUCAACUAUGCACCGUUGUCCCAUAAGACAACCUUGUGCAUGAAGACCCAGUGAAGGAACAAGACUGAACUUUGUCUAGCAAGGCAUGGAGCACUUGUUAGGACACUAAGAAGUUGGUGUUUGGGCAUGACUAAGAAUCUUUCAUAGUGCUUUGUUUCUAAAGAGUCAUUUAGUCAUUCUAGUAGCUGCUCAGCGAUUUGCACCAGUUUCUUGCUGGUAUUCUGAUUCCAAACAAUGGCCUUUUUUUGGGAGAAUGUUGCUAUAUGUGUCAAUGAAUUAUAUCCAUUUUCUAGUUAUGCAGUGAACACAUUUACUCUGCCUGAUGCCGGGCUCUUACUUCAAUGAUGACUCAUGUCGAUAAAUCAUGUUGUUUAUCACAAUAUGUAACUGCAACUAAAACUAUGCAUACAACAGAUACCGCUUACCGUUGGUCAAAAUGGUGCAUUCCCACUGCCCUCAUCCCUGUAGUAGUAUUUGCUUCGUGAAGGCACGUCAGUUGUCCUCUUUUCUUCUUUUUGACGUAUUGUAAAGUUCACGUUUUUAUUCAUAAUGGUUUAUUUUCAGUCUGUGUUUUCCAAUUUGUAGCCAAAGAUAAACAGGGCUGGGCACGUUAUUUCAGUGUUAUUAGAGCCAUAUACGUGCAAAGCGGUAAAUCGGUUAUUAGUGGAAAGCAGGUUGCAUGCUGAUGUAUGUUAAUGUUAGCUCCUUGGUCAGCUGCUAACCACAGCAAAAGUGCCUUAAUGUUUUCAGUGGUCAGUGGAUGUAGAUCAAGGGUGUCCAUGCUUUCUCCAGCGAGGGCUGUGUACUGAAGAUCAAAAGAUGCAGGGUGCCACCUUGAUAUUUUCAUGUGUUUUUAAUUUUGCAAAAAGGCGAAAACAAAAAAAACAGUUAUUUAUAUACAUAUGACACACACACACACAUAUUUAAAGACGAAGCUUUGUUUUAUUAUUUGUUAGUAUCAACAUUUCAGCUUCUCCUCUUUUACAUUUUGCCUUUUUGCUGUAUUUUUCCAGUUUUUGCUGGGUUUUGGGGUUUAAUUUUAUUUCUACAAUGUGGCACGGGUCAAUAAAAAAACCGCAGGCUACAAAUUGACCCCGGGCCGCGCUUUGGACGCCCUUGACGUAGAUGAACAUUAGUGGAGAUAGUGAAGAAAUAUGUCUGCACUGAAGCCUGUUGUAGUCGUGCCACAUGAGUGUCAAAUUAUUUUUGUAUCCGUCAAUAUUUAAUUGAGAAUGGUUGAAUGUAGCUGCAAGUGCUCGCCACCUUGUUACCAUAUUAUUGCGACAUUUAUUGCUGUACAGUGUAUUCAUAUGUAAUCCAGUCAUGUAGGGUGGGGGGGUCACAUGAAGAGAAAAGCUCUGACCAUGUUCAAGUCCAUUUCGAUGCUACUGUUUAUAUUUUCAAUAACUGGUGAUGUUUGGAGCUUUGGAUGUUUUAAUUGGAUUAAUGACAUCCUAUUAGUACUACAGGGCAAAAGGGUGCCACAAACAAAAAGCCUGCAUGAAUCAAGACAUUCUUUAUGCAUGACCAAGAGUCCUGUCAAUGGGGGGUCCACCUUGCAGUUGUCACUUUGUUCAAAUUUGUUCAGUUUUAAAGUUACACUCCACUUUUAUCAAUUUUAAAUAUCACCUGUAAAAGGGAGUGAAUCGCCACUUGAAGGAACCACUUCUGAGCAUCUGUGUGAUGGGCUGUCACUGUCUACUCAUGUUCUGUUGAUGCAAGAUGUCAAUUGUACAUACAAGUACUUUUAAACCAACUUUGUAUGGCUGUAAUGAAUAUGAAUCAAUCAAAUAUAAAUUGCAUGAUUCAAUUAAACAAAAUGAAAUUC